UAACCAAUCUCAAAUUCAAGAAAAUAAUAAAAUAUCAGAGACUAAAACAAAUAUUUAUCAUUCUUUUACUAGUCAACUGUAUGAAUGCAAUAUUACGAAGUCAAGUUUUCUGGUACUCACAAAACUGAACUAGUGGCCUUGAUUUAUCUAACCCAUUUUCCUGAAACUGAUUCUGAUUUCAUAAAAUUCCGGAAUUGCCUCCCCUGUUCAAUUCGAUCCUCUACCAAAAUGAAUUCCCCAAUCUUCUUAUUCCUUCGGCUCGUUUGUUUUCCCCUUCUCCUUCUCCGAGUCGUCGUUUUCGGGGAUUUCUACACAGCCUGCAGCAAUAACUUCAACUGCGGCGAAACCACCGCCGUCGGGUUCCCGUUCUGGGGCGGCGGCCGCCCGCCCAACUGCGGCCAUCCGGCGCUGAAAUUGACCUGCGAGGGAGGCAACACCACCAUAGAUUUAAUGGAAGUCAAAUACCAAAUCCUGAAAUUCAGCGCCGAUUCCCAAAUUCUCACCAUCGCCAGAGCCGAUUACAUGGACGGCCUCUGCCCUAACAAAUUCGUCAACACCACUCUCGAUUACAAUCUCUUCGAUUCAAUUCCCGGCUAUCGGAACAUCACGUUGAUCUAUUGCUCUUCUCCGAUUGAACAAGUCGCCGGACAAUUUAGCUGUACUGAAUAUAACUUCGGCAUAAUUCAAGUGGACACCGCCGCCGGCCCUGGGCUCUGCAAUGCGAGCGUGAUUACGCCGGUCAAUUUGGAUUCUGUGGCGACGGUGAGCGCUCUUGUGAACUCUACGGAGAUUUUAAACGCCAUUAAAGAGGGGUUCGAGGUGCGAUUGAAGGAGGACGGCGGCGGAUGUAGAGUUUGUGAGGCGUCGGAGGGUGUUUGCGGUUACGACCUCGGUUCGAAUCGGACGACUUGCUUCUGUCGUGGCGGUGGUAAUGGUGGUGUAAGAAGUUGCCGGAAUAUGCCGGCCGGCGAAGGUCCGGCGUCUUCUCCGGGUGGGAAUGAAUCUAAGAAAACACACCUCGUAGUAGGUCUUUCUAUAGGAGGGGCAGCUGUAUUAGGCCUAUUCUUAGGAUGCUGUGUCUUCUCUAUUACACAACGAAAGAAGAAACAUGUCCUGAAGUUGAAAACCAAAGAUCUUCCUUCGCCUCCUUCAAGUGCAGGCAUUCCGACUCCCUCGACAUUUCUCUCUCACAGUAUUCCUUCCUAUCCUUAUUCAAGAUCCAAUCCCGAGAAAGGGAGCUCCUACUUUGGAGCUCAAGUCUUUACUUAUGCAGAACUUGAGGAAGCAACUAACAAUUUUGACCGUUCAAGGGAGCUUGGAGAUGGAGGUUAUGGUACCGUUUACUCUGGAACACUCAAGGAUGGGCGGAUAGUUGCAGUAAAGCGCCUAUAUGAAAACAACUGCAAACGCGUGGAGCAGUUCAUGAAUGAAGUGGAGAUUCUAUCACGACUGCAUCACCCAAACCUUGUUAAGCUUUACGGAUGCACAUCAAGACAUAGUCAGGGACUCCUUCUAGUAUAUGAGUACAUUCCUAAUGGAACAGUGGCGGAUCAUCUGCAUGGAAACCGAGCUAAUUCAGGUUUGCUCAGUUGGUCCGUUCGGCUGAAGAUCGCUAUCGAGACUGCUAAUGCACUUGCUUACCUCCAUCGCAACGAUAUCAUUCAUCGCGACGUCAAAACCAAUAACAUUCUCCUAGAUCACAACUUCAAAGUGAAAGUGGCUGAUUUCGGCCUAUCGCGGUUAUUUCCUGUCGAUGUAACUCAUGUUUCAACUGCUCCUCAGGGGACACCAGGCUAUGUUGAUCCUGAAUAUUAUCAGUGCUACCAACUUACAGAUAAAAGCGAUGUGUAUAGCUUUGGAGUAGUUUUGGUUGAGCUUAUAUCGUCGCUGCAAGCAGUGGACAUCAACAGGAAGAGAAACGAUAUAAAUUUGUCGAAUAUGGCUAUCGAUAGAAUUCAAAAUCAUGCUUUAGGUGAAUUAGUAGAUUCAGAACUUGGGUUUGAGAGGGACUAUGCAGUAAGGUCCAUGAUAACAUCAGUGGCAGAGUUGGCUUUUCGAUGCCUUCAACAGGCACGGGAUCUACGGCCUUCGAUGGAUGACGUGCUGGAAGUUCUGAGAGAAGUGGAGAAUGAAGAACUGGCUGCUCGUAAAGCAGAAGUGUUGGAUAUAGGGUCUGAUAAUGUAAGGCUUUUAAGGAAUACAUCAUCUCUGCUUUCACCAGAUUCCGAACCUGUGACAGAUAAAUGGACGAAGGUCUUGAACAGAACAGCUUAAUGCAAUCAAUAUCAGAUCAGCAACAGUUCUGAGAUCCAGAAAAUGGCGACGACAAGUUUUCGCUUACUCGUUGUACAGUGUUCUACCACCCCUCGAUGGGGAAAUAAAGUUUUAUCGCUAUGAAGAUGAAUCGGAGAUACUGAAAGGCUGUUUCCAAAGGUAAAUUAGUUCAUUUGCAUUUUUCAUAUACCUGUAAAUGAUGAGAUAGAUUUCUGUUGGUUCUUAGAUUUGCACAUUCAUAUUUUUACCAUGAGUCAGAUGAUAGAAAAUUAGAGUUGUAAAUGUUGUGUUGAGAUUACUUUUGACAUAUAGCUUGAGAUUAUGUAGACUCUUAGGUUUUUGUUUGAACUAUAAAUAUUACAAAGGCAUUUUGAUCAGUAUAUUCCAUAUGGUUCCUUAGUGUACUGAACUUUCUUUGUAAAUUUUCAUGUUAAUA